AUGUGUUCCCAAAGGCUGAAUUCCACCUUUCUGAAAGUGAUAAGACUACCGUUCACUGCCCGGAAUGAAAGAUCACUAGAACAAACCUCUGGACCGGCCACUAGAUCGGUAACCCAGGGGUUUAACGACCUCAGGGUUAUCCCAGAAAGUAGACCAGAUCUGGGCGAUCAGCAGUCAAAGAGUAGCCUGGCGGAGCUGCCUAGCGUCUCUCACGGCAAGAGGAGGAAACCAGAUCGUCUUCCUCGCCUUGUAAGCAGUGCUAGCAAGGCCCAUGUCCCUGACCCUAAUCUAAACUUGUCUAUAGUCUCCAAAAGGAUCUUUCAGGGCGAUUCUGUGGUCGAAGGCCCCGAGGACAGGCGGACAUUUGUUGGACACAGUGGCUUGCCAAAGAAGAGCGCCAAAGCAACGGUAGGGGAGGCCCAGGGGAAGAAGAGGGCAAUGGAGUUACUCAACAAGGCUAGGAAGCAAACCGACAAAAACUCCAACCUAAUAGACAUCAGACAACUCCCGAAGCAAGAGGCGUUUAUGAACAUAAACCCGUGCAAGAAAUAUCCGAAACAGCAACCAGUGAGCCUGGAGGAAUGGAGGAGGAGCCGUCUAGAGGUUGACAACACAGGACUCAUACAGUCACCAGAACGUUUCGGGUGCUGUGAAAGAAAGAAGGCACAUACUCAACUGUUGGAAAUAACUUCUCUACAGGCAGAAACCAAGCUCGAGCUCCUCAAGAGGAGGAGGAUGCAGCUCAUGGAGAUGUCCGCCAAAGCUCAUCAUGAUAGAGGACUCUGCGUAGAAAACGCAGUCUUCCUCAGCGGAGAGAACAUACAACUGUGUGCUCAAGAAAUCCAUCAGGGCGUUCCGGAAAGAAACAACUUAAAACCUAAGUCGAGGACAAAGGCGGAGGUCUGGGACCACACGGUCCAGGGAACCUCACUAGUUCUUACAGCUCGGGACCAUAGUUAUGUUCCACAACUUUCAAAAUAUACGAGUAACCAAUGGGGCUGUGCUGAAAUAUUUCAUUCCAGAGAUGGGCGAUGUACUGUGAACAGAGGAGGAAAAGAGAGACAGCAGUCAUUUUUUUCUGCGUCCUACUCGACACCGACUGCCAUCACCAUUUCUGACAAACAGCUGCACGUGCACAUCCUGGUAUGUGAAGGGGAAAGAGGCAUGGCCGAGGGUAGGAACCUGCUGGGGGAGAUCAAACCCACAGAGCAUAAUACAGGAAUUGAGGACCAGAUUACCUUCACCAAUGACAGAGCCUUCUUGGGCACGGAUGACAGUGACCCCCAACACACAGUGCUCCAGAUGAGAAUAGGACAGAGUUUCAAGAGCUCACUGGCUUUACACAUAUUCCACAUUAUAGCAAGAGUUGAAGAUGAGACAACCUCAGAGCAGCAUUAA